AUGAUAGAAAAAGGAGCACAAGUGAACAUGCAAUCGAAUAAUUGGUGUUCUGCUCUGAUACUAGCAAGUGCAAAUGGACAUAGCGAUGUCGUUAAAAUAUUGAUAGAAAAAGGAGCACAAGUGAACAUGCAAGCGAAUGGUGGGUUCUCUGCUCUGAUGGCAGCAAGUCAAAAUGGACGUAGCGAUGUCGUCAAAGUAUUGAUAGAAAAAGGAGCACAAAUGAACAUGCAAGAUAAUGAUGGGUGGUCUGCUCUGAUGCUAGCAAGUCAAAAUGGACAUAGCGAUGUCGUUAAAAUAUUGAUAGAAAACGGAGCACAAGUGAACAUGCAAAAAAAUAAUGGGGGGUCUGCUCUGAUGCUAGCAAGUCAAACUGGACAUAGCGAUGUCGUUAAAAUAUUGAUAGAAAAAGGAGCACAAGUGAACAUGCAAGAUAAUAAUGGGUGGUCUGCUCUGAUGAUAGCAAGUUAUAAGGGACAUAACGAUGUCGUCAAAGUAUUGAUAGAAAAAGGAGCACAAGUGAACAUGCAAUCGAAUAAUUGGUGUUCUGCUCUGAUACUAGCAAGUGCAAAUGGACAUAGCGAUGUCGUUAAAAUAUUGAUAGAAAAAGGAGCACAAGUGAACAUGCAAGCGAAUGGUGGGUUCUCUGCUCUGAUGGCAGCAAGUCAAAAUGGACGUAGCGAUGUCGUCAAAGUAUUGAUAGAAAAAGGAGCACAAAUGAACAUGCAAAAGAAUGAUGAAUGGUGUGCUCUGAUGCUAGCAAGUCAAAAUGGACAUAGCGAUGUCGUUAAAAUAUUGAUAGAAAACGGAGCACAAGUGAACAUGCAAACAAAUAAUGGGGGGUCUGCUCUGAUGCUAGCAAGUCAAACUGGACAUAGCGAUGUCGUUAAAAUAUUGAUAGAAAACGGAGCACAAGUGAACAUGCAAACAAAUAAUGGGGGGUCUGCUCUGAUGCUAGCAAGUCAAACUGGACAUAGCGAUGUUGUCAAGGUAUUGAUAGAAAAAGGAGCACAAGUGAACAUGCAAGAUAAUAAUGGGUGGUCUGCUCUGAUGAUAGCAAGUCAAAAUGGACAUAGCGAUGUUGUCAAAGUAUUGAUAGAAAAAGGAGCACAAGUGAACAUGCAAGAUAAUAAUGGGCGGUCUGCUCUGAUGAUAGCAAGUCAUAAUGGACAUAGCGAUGUUGUCAAAGUUUUGAUAGAAAAAGGAGCACAAGUGAACAUGCAAAAGAAUGAUAAAUGGUCUGCUCUGAUGCUAGCAAGUCUUAAUGGACAUAGCGAUGUCGUCAAAGUAUUGAUAGAAAAAGGAGCACAAGUGAACAUGCAAGAUAAUGAUGGGUGGUCUGCUCUGAUGAUAGCAAGUGAAAAUGGACAUAGCGAUGUUGUCAAAGUAUUGAUAGAAAAAGGAGCACAAGUGAACAUGCAAGAUAAUAAUGGGCGGUCUGCUCUGAUGAUAGCAAGUCAUAAUGGACAUAGCAAUGUCGUCAAAGUAUUGAUAGAAAAAGGAGCACAAGUGAACAUGCAAGAUAAUAAUGGGGGGUCUGCUCUGAUGAUAGCAAGUAAAAAUGGACAUAGCGAUGUUGUCAAAGUAUUGAUAGAAAAAGGAGCACAAGUGAACAUGCAAAAGAAUGAUAAAUGGUCUGCUCUGAUGCUAGCAAGUCUUAAUGGACAUAGCGAUGUCGUCAAAGUAUUGAUAGAAAAAGGAGCACAAGUGAACAUGCAAGAUAAUGAUGGGUGGUCUGCUCUGAUGCUAACGUGUUAUAAUGGGAGAAAGGAAGUUGUUCAUAUAUUGCUUGACAAUCACGCUGAUACAAAUAUUCGUGAUAGCAGUGGUAAAAAUGCACUUAUUGUGGCAACUAAAGCAGGGCAUGCUGAUAUAGUUGAGUUGUUACUACCCUACGAGCACAGAGACACUACCUCAAGCAGCAGUACAUCCACAGAAGAACCUCCAGCAAAGCGGGUAAAGAUUGAAAAAGGACAAGAUGAUGUUUCACUGGUUAAAGAGGUAGCAGCAAUCACCAACGCAGUACAGGAGAAAGAUGUAGAUGCUCUUCCUACAAAAAUUAUGCGACCUCAAACAGUUACUGAAGGACCACCCGUUAAUCGAGUCACUCUCCAAGAACUAGUAAGGCGACACAGUCUGACUGACGAGCAACUCAACAGUGAAAUAGUGGGGUCUGAUAUUCCCUACGUGGCCAAAUAUUUUGAUGGGGUGAUAAUCUAUUCGAGUGCAAUGGGACUGACUCCUUCUGAACUAGCCGAUGUGAAGGAUUUGUCCUAUAGGAAAGGAAUUCAAGUAGCCAUGACUGAAUGCUUGAUUCUCUGGAAAAGACACGAUCCUGUUACAGCAACUCACAAAGCUCUACUGGAGCUGUUACUGAAAUUAAGCAAAGAAGAAAUAGCUGAUCAAAUCUGUCAGCACUUGACUAAAUGUAAACCAUCUUCAUCUACUGCAGUAGCUAACAAGGAGUAUAUAUCGGAUGACCUGGUUCUGUUCAAAGAUAAGCACAUCGGAAGUGGUGCAUUCGGUGCAGUAUUCAGAGGAGAACUGAAUGGACAGCCUUGUGCCCUCAAAUUGCUACAUGCAGUCGCCAGUGAAAUACGAACAAGGAUACCAACAGCGAGCUCUGCCUCAACAGAUUCUACUGAGAGGUUUCGUAAAGAAUGUGAAUUCUUUGAGUCAUUUCAACACCCAAACAUUGUCCGUCACCUAGCAACCAAGAAACAUCUUGAAACUAAUCAGCUUGUCCUUGCUCUAGAACUGAUGGACUGCAACCUGCGACAAUACUUCACUCCUUCUCAGCCUGACAAAGAACCCGUCAAGCUCUCACUAGCAAUCCAGACCAGCCUCUGUCAUGACAUAGCCUCGGCACUCGAGUACAUCCACUCACGAGGGGUGGUACACAGGGACCUCUGUGGAGAGAACAUUCUGCUGUCCUGUGGAGGGGAAACCCCCGUUGCUAAAGUGUGCGAUUUCGGAAUGUCUAAAAUCACCAAGAGUGAUACUCAAAGUGUAUCACUGCAAGUAUUCGCUCACAAAGGAUUCAUGCCGCCAGAAGCUACUGACAUGGAGUCAUCGUCCUAUAACUCGAAAUUUGACAUCUUCUCAUUUGGUGCUCUAAUGGUUCAAAUUGUUCGCCAUCUUCCCACCAUUAAAGACGGAAAAUAUCGUAAAUAUGAAUUGAAACAGAUUGAAGAUGCUCACCCCAUCAAGGAACUUAUAAUAGAUUGUUUGAAUGAGAACAGAGACGAUCGACCAUUAGCUGCUCAGCUAAAGAGGAGACUGGUAUAGUGUUAAGACUGUCAUUGUGUCUAUAUGGACUGAUUAUUAUUUUAGUCAUGCUAUUUUAUUUUUACUAUUAAUAUUCCA